AUGAGCGAGCUGAACCUGCGCGGGUUGCUGAACGCGCAGGGCACGCGCGGCCGCUCGCCGCACGCCGCGCACAACGCACACCACGCGCACGCGCACGCGCACGCACAGGCGCAGGCGCAGGCGAUGCACCACGCCUACCAACAGAUGAUGGGGUACGCUUCUAAUGCGUUCAACUCCGGCAACGGCGUGGGCGGUGGCGGGGGCGGGGGCGGGUGCGGGGGCGGCGGCGGCGGGGGCGCGGUAGUCGGCAGCGCGGGCGGGGGCGGAGCGUCCGGUCGCCGCAGUGGCGGCCCGCGCACGCCCUCCCCCGCGCCCUCGUUCUACCCCCCGCACGCCGCCCUCACGCCCAAUAACAACACGGCCGCCCUCAAGUGGCACAUACCGCAGCAGGGCAGAACCAAUGGUGCGGCGGAGAUGAGCCCGGUGGGCGGCGGCGGCGGGGGCGGCACGGAGUUCAAGAUCACGCUGGGCCGCGCCCCCCGCGCCCCCGCGCCGCCCCCACAGCCAUUAGCGCCCGCCCCCAACCCCUCCGCCGUCACCUCCACCAACCCGAAGACGCCCAGCCCCAGCCUCAACGGCGGCGGUUGCGGCGGCGGCGGCGGUGGCGGUUGUGGCGGCGUCGGCGGCGGCGGCGGCGGCGGCGCGGCGGGCGGCGCGGGCGCCAUGGAGCUGGACAAGGUGUGCGCGGAGAGCGUGCAGGACCUGAUGGCGACCAUCGCCAAGCUGGACUCGAACGGCGUGCAGGUGCUGCCCGAGGCGGCGCCGUCCACUGCGCACGCGCACGCGCCCUCACCACACCCGCACGUGCACUCGUCCACGGACCCCGACCACAGGCCAGCGAGCAAACCGGCGGAGGGUACGGGCGGGGGGGGCGGUGACCCCAACGAGGACUGGUGCGCCGUGUGCAUGGACGGCGGCGAGCUCAUGUGCUGCGACAAGUGCCCCAAGGUGUUCCACCAGUACUGCCACAUACCCACGAUAGAGAAGCUGCCCGAUGAGACGGAGAGCUGGCAGUGCCUGCUGUGCGUGAACUUCUCCGAGAUGGAGGAGGUGGAGGAGGGGGGCGGCGGCGGCGGCGCGCUGUCCGCGCGGCUGCAGCGCGUGAUGGAGCGCGUGACGCUCGAGCUGUACUGCCAGUACGAGACCAGCCUGCCCUUCCGCGAGCCGAUAAGUCGUCCGAUGUGCCUGGACAUGAUCCGCAUGAAGCUGCAGCCGCGGUGCCCGCAGCGGUACACGCACGUGGCGCAGUUCGUCAACGACUGCCGGCUGCUGUUCCGCAACGCGUACACAUACAACCCGCCGGACUCGUCGAUCUACAAGGACGCCAAACGUCUGGAGGAGUUCUUCGAGGCGCAGCUGCUGAAGUGGCUGCCCGAAUACGCCGCUAUCGGGCCCGCGCCCGCCUCCUCGCCCGCGCUCGCUCACGCCACCGCCGCCGCCGCCGCCGCAGCUCCCUCCCCCUCCCCGUCCCCCGCCUCCGCGUGGGGAGACGCCCCCGUGCCCAAGAAGCCUCGCGCCGAUUCAAACUGCUGAAAGUCACAGAACCCGUCGCGUGCGCCCGCUGACUGUGGCCCAGCGGUAGGCCGCGAUCUAUUG